AUGGAACGAGGUGGGCCCCCCCACUGGCCUGGCAUUGGGUCCCUCUGUGUCCUACUCAGCGCAGGAGCUGCCUGGGCAACCCCUGCACCACAGUGGGACCUGAAGCAUGAACCAGGACUGGAAGGUCCCUUGUUUGAGAGCAAAGUCACUCUGUUGUUGGCUGAAGAGAAAGAGAAGCCCAUAUGCUUCACACAGAGAUUGGAGGAUCUGGUCUGCUUCUGGGAAGAGAUGGCCAGCUUGGGAUCCAGGAACUACAGUUUCUUCUACCAGUUGGAGGAGGAAUUAUGGAAACCCUGCAUGCUGAAGGUUGUCUGGACGGGAAGGGGCACCAUUCGAUACACCUGCCCGUUCCCCCUGUCUGAUGCCUCCAGCUUCAUCCCACUAGAGCUGAAGGUCAUGGCUGCCCCCAAUGGCACGGAACUCCGUCGGACCAUCUAUAUCAAUGAAGUAGUGUUUCUGGACCCACCCUCUGGCUUAACAGUGCAGCAGACAGAGACCCCCAGCCAGGUGGCCCUUCGCUGGCUCCCACCGCCAAUGGCCCAAGUGACCAAGGACAUCCAUUAUGAGGUCAAGUACUCAGAAGCAGCUGGCACCAUGGAGCAGAGGAUGGAUGUCCAGGAAGGAAGGACAGACUGUGUUAUUGCCAACCUCCGCGGGCACACUCACUAUACCUUUGCUGUUAGGGCAAAGAUGGCAGAGCCCAGCUAUAGCGGCUACUGGAGCUCCUGGUCCCAGCCGGUCACCGUGCUGAUAGCCAGCAAACCGGACCCUCUGAUUCUGAGCAUGUCUGUGAUACUCACUGUCAUUCUGCUCUUGGCAGUCAUCUUGGGCCUCCUCUCACAGCGAAGGUUUCUGAAACAGAUGUUUUGGCCAGGCAUCCCUAGUCCAGAGCAUGGGUACGAGGGUCUCUUCACCAUCCACAGAGGGGACUUCCAGCUGUGGCUGGGACAGAGCGACGCCUGCUUGUGGUGGGGGCCGCUUGGCGCUUACCUGGAGGAGCCACCAGCCAGGCUGGAAGUACUGUCUGAGCGCUGCUGGGUGAUCCCUGCUGAGCCAGCCCGGGAGGAGGAGGCCAGCCGGCUGGCCCAGGGAGCAAAGGAUGACUACCUCACACUGGACACAAGGCUGCUGCCCCACAGUCCAGCUGCUGGGCCCCUGGGGCUGGGCUCCUUCAGCCUUCAGGGCUCAGGCAGCAGUGCGAGCAGGGCCCUGGAGGCUGAGGGGGAGCCAGCGAUGGAAACAGAUGCCAAGUCUGGUUCCUUUUCCAUGAUCUCAAUCUCCGCUCUAGAGCCUGAGCAGGAAGAACAGGUGUCAGCCUCCAACUUUGAGUACACCAUCCUGGAUCCCAGUUCUCAAUUGCUAUGUCCUCGAGCCUCCCCACCCUCCCCACCCCCUAGGCCCCCUGACCUCAAGUAUCUAUAUCUUAUGGUCUCAGACUCUGGAAUCUCAGCCGACUACAGCUCUGGUGGCUCCCAAGGGGCCCUUGGCAGCUCCCCUGAAGGCCCCUACACCAACCUGUAUGAGAAUAGCCUUCUCCAGCCUAGCCCAGAGCCUCUGCCCCCAAGCUAUGUGGCCUGCUCCUAG